CUACACAAUCAAACAUAUAUAUGACACGUGUCCAUAUGAUAAAUCUUAUGAAAUUGUACGAAAUGUGCGUGUCAUUACACAUACGCCUCUGUAAAACUGAUUUUGUCGAUUGAAUCUCUCGGAGAUUGCAGAAAAGACUCGUAAUGCAAUGAAUAAAAUAUAUUUGUUACGAUGAUUAUAUUGUUUCGGCUACAUACGUAUAAUCAUCGCGAUACAACAACGCAAGCGAACAGUCUGAUGAUCACGUAGUUUUUUUACAAGACGAUCUUGUCCGCGGAGCGAAACCUUGUACUCUACUGUUUUGUACAGUUUUGCACCAAGAAUAAAGAGGAUGCAAAUGUACAGAUUCGCGGAUUUAAGAAUGUGAUCUUUGUUGUGUUUUGGGGGAGAUUUAUGGCAAUCAUGUUAACCAUAACAAUCUGCAAUAAUUACGAACCAUCUUGCUCCAAAGCUACGUAAACUAAUGCGUUGUAAUGUAACUGCAUGUAUUGUUACAUGGAGCAAAACUUAUGCCGAGAGGAAUUCAUCCGUAUUUGUAUAUCAUAUAGUCAAUGCUACAUGAAGAUUCUUUACGAUGCAAAAGUGGAUGUUAUGGCUUGUUAUUUUGACGAUGCUUGCAUUCGUCACAGGACAGCAAGUGGUAGAUAAUUUUAACACCGAACUGGUAGCAGAACAAGAUGACACUCUCCUUUUAUUUUCUACACUUGGUGGAUUGCUUGUGGGUGUUGAGCAGAGGUCUGGAAAAAUACGAUGGCAACAAGAUGAUGAACCUGUGGUCAAAGUACCCAUCAAUUUAUCGGCAAGUAAAAUGCCUAUAUUUCUACCGGAUCCCAGAGAUGGUUCACUUUAUCUCUUUGGCAGAGAAUCAGAAGCAUUGAAAAAGUUGCCAUUUACCAUUCCUCAACUAGUCGCCAGUAGUCCAUGCAGAAGCAGUGAUGGUAUUUUAUAUACUGGCAGAAAAAUUGACACAUGGUUUAGUAUUGAUCCAAUGACUGGUGAAAAGGAGCAGCUUUUAAGUUUUCAUAAAGUGAAAGAUACAUGUCCUUUGGAAAUGCAGAAUACUAUUUUUGUUGGUCGCACGGAAUAUAAUAUUAUCAUGGUGGAUAGCAAGCAUAAAGACAGAAAAUGGAACGUAACAUUCUAUGAUUAUUCCGCUAUGCAAAUGGGACCCGAUGUGAUAGAAAAUUACGAUUUAGUGCAUUUUACCACAAGUUCUACAGGUCGUGUAGUGACCUUGGACAGUUUAGGUAAGAUUCUUUGGAAAUUGGACUUGAAAAGUCCGGUGAUAGCCAUGUAUACUGUAACCAAAGAUGGAUUAUUGACAAUUCCUUUCACAAGUAUUGCCGAUUCGUUGUUGGAAAAAUUUGCGACAAAGCCGACUGACGUUCAAUUGUUCCCAACUUUGUAUGUUGGACAGCAUCGAUAUGGUCUCUAUGCGUUACCAUCGCUUGCUGAUUUGGACACAACAAUUAUAUCGAAUAAUGUAGGACACUUAUUGCUGGAGGGACCAUUGGUAAUAUCGCAUCUUCACGCAGAUAAUAAAGUACCAUUGCCAGGAGAUUAUGUUUUAAUUUCUAAUAUUGACAUAGCCGAUGAUGGUUAUCAAAGCGUUAAACGUACUGAAAAUGUCAUUACAUUAGGUCAUUACAAAGUACCCGCGGAAUACAAACCACAAAAUCAGCUCCUCCAAAUAACUGGACGAUCUGAUCCAAUAAUUUUGGAGACUUCCACGUUGAAUAUCACUGGAACUAAGUUAUCUGUCGCCGUGCAAUCGGAUACGUCCAACGAUACUGUACAGUCAGAAAAUAGUCAGAAUUGGCAGAGAAUUAUAUCAAAAAUGUACAGCACGACCAAAUUUUGGCUCAUUCAACAGGAAAACAUAGAAGUGAAACUAAUCAUAAGUGUAAUUAUAUUGACAAUUAGCAUAAUAACUUAUAUUGUAGUUUGGUUUAUAUAUAAGCAACGUAAGAAACAGCAAUUGUCGCAGUGUUCACACGAAAGCAGUCGUACGUAUUCUGGUAAAUCAGGCAAUUUGGUUGUUAUGCCGGAAGAGAUUGGCGAUGGCUUGGUUAAAGUGGGAAAAAUUACAUUCGACACGGAACAAGUCCUUGGCAAAGGAUGCGAAGGAACAUUUGUGUAUAAAGGUGAAUUUGAUGGUCGUGCUGUAGCUGUGAAGCGCCUGUUACCAGAUUGCUUUACAUUUGCGGAUCGAGAAGUAGCGCUUUUAAGAGAAUCGGACGCUCAUGCAAAUGUAGUUAGAUACUUUUGCACUGAACAAGAUCGUAUGUUCAGAUACAUCGCCUUGGAGCUAGCAGAAGCAACUUUGCAGGAUUAUGUGGCGGGUAAAUACAGGGAAAAGAUAUCUGUGAAAAAUAUUUUGCAUCAGGCCACAUCUGGCUUGGCACAUCUUCAUUUCUUGGAUAUUGUUCAUCGAGACAUUAAACCUCACAAUGUCUUGCUCUCUGUCCCUGGACCUCGUGGAGAGGUACGCGCUAUGAUAUCAGAUUUUGGAUUGUGUAAAAAACUCCAGCUCGGUCGCGUAUCAUUUUCACGGAGAUCCGGAAUCACUGGAACCGAUGGCUGGAUUGCACCAGAGAUGCUAAAUGGAGAAAGGACGACAUGUGCGGUCGACAUUUUCUCGCUUGGUUGCGUUUUUUAUUAUGUUCUCUCUGGUGGUAAGCAUCCUUUUGGUGAUCCAUUACGAAGGCAAGCUAAUAUCCUCUGUGGUGAGAGCAAUCUAACAGCGCUCCAGGAAGUGUCUUCGAGUGACAGAGAAUUAGCUUUGUUGCUUAUCAAGGCAAUGAUAUGCAAUAAUCCUGCUGGUAGACCGCCAGCUUCAGCAAUUUGUAAUUAUCCAAUUUUCUGGAAUUUAGCAGAGAUUCUGGGUUUCUUUCAGGAUAUUAGCGACCGAGUGGAAAAAGAUCAUUCCGACAGUCCGGCUUUAAUAGCAUUGGAAACUUAUGGUGAGCGUGUAACGGGAGACGAUUGGAGAUUGUAUAUAGAUUUCGAAGUUGCAACAGAUUUGCGCAAAUAUAGGAGUUAUCGAGGCGAGAGCGUAAGAGAUCUACUCAGGGCUCUACGGAACAAGAAGCAUCACUACAGAGAAUUGAGCCUGAAAGCUCAAGAAAGUCUCGGUGAGAUUCCUAACAAAUUUACAGAAUAUUGGUUGUCAAGAUUUCCAUGCUUAUUGUGCCACGUGUGGUGCGCGAUGCAGAAUUUUCGAGACGAGUCGAGUCUGAAACAGUACUAUCAUCCACACUACACUUUUUUGAGUGGUUAUGAGGGACAAUCAAUCGUACAGAUGGAUCUAAUUAAUAACACACUAUCGACAUCGACCAGAACAAGACAAACUAGCGUUGAUUGGAGUCCUAAUCGAACAAGAUACCGUCAGAAAAGAAAGCAGGAAAAAAAGAAGCAAGAGGAACCACCAUGGUUGUUGCAUUCAUCGAAUUAAAUUAUCUCAAGAUUACAACAAACUAAGCAAAGAUGAAGAAAAAAGCGGCUCUACGCGGAUAUUCACGUACAAUAAUGAAAUUUCCUUUUAGUUGGAAUCACAACAUAUGUGGUUCCAUACAAACCAAUAUAUUAAAAAUUCCAGCUUUACUUUUAAUCGAGAAAGAGAACUGAAAUUCAAAUUACAAAGCUUUUUUAUACAGUAGCGUACUUAAGGAUGUAUCGGACAUACAGUCCCU